AGGAGACUCCAGGUUAACGCAGUGCUGUCUCUCCGCCCUACAUGGGACGCUUGUGUACGCAGCACUUUUACUCCGGCUUAAUGUUAUAACUCCACUUUGGGCGCGUGCAGUUUUUAAAUUUGAUGCAUAUGGUUUGGAUUUCGGAUGUCUACAGACUCGUGUGGAAUAUACAGUUUAGUUUGUGCCAUGUUCGUCGCUGCGUUGGACAAGUUUACGCCAGAUCCAAGUGUGCGUAAAUGACAGAUGGAUACGCGUAAGCAGCGCUGCGCCAUAAGGGACUAUCCACAAACUUAAAAAAAAAACAAAAAGCAGCGCCCUGUGGACUUAUCCUGGACGUUUCCAUGUGAAAUUUACGCACUUUUCCAGCGUUUAUCUGCCAGCUCUUGCUUUCCCAUGCCCACGAGCUGCGCGCCAGGCUGCACUGUACCCCGGGGACAGUGCCCAAGUCUGGGGGGUUAGAUGGUUCUGAUCACGGACGACAGGGAUGGAGGAGGCAUCCCCACGGUCCGGCUCAAGCAUCAGCCCCAACAUCAACCCCAUCUCCUGAAAGUACCGGGGAAAGUCACGCAAAUCCACCCCACAAUCACAGAGGAGUCACUGUCCCACGAUGACGACUACCUGGGCUCGUGCGAGGAGGAGGAGGACGAUGAUGAAGACUUUGAGGAGGUGGACUUUGAGGACUUGGAUGACUGUAGAAGCAUCGUCUCGGAUGACUCCUUCUACCCGCCUGAGGACGUGUUGGCGGACUCAGAGCGCAGCACGCCGUCCCCGGAGAGCCCAGAGCCGCUGUCCUUUUUCCAGGCGUGCUGCACCAACAACGCGGCCAUCGUGCGCAUCAUGAUCCGGCACGGGGUCAAGGAGGAGGAGGUCAAGGCUACUGACCGGAACAACAGGAUCGGGCUGCUGGUGGCCUGUUAUCAGGGCUUCGUGGACGUGGUCAUCGCGCUGUCUCAGUGUCCAUAUCUCGACCCCAACUGGCAGGACAGUGAAGGCAACACGGCUCUGAUCACUGCUGCUCAGGCAGGUCACAUAACAAUCACUAACUACUUACUGAAUUACUUCUGCGGUCUGGACAUCGAGAGGAGGAACUGCCACGGUUUCACUGCGCUCAUGAAGGCCGCGAUGCAGGGACGAGUGGACUGUGUGCGCGCUCUCAUGUUAGCAGGAGCUUCUUUGGACGCUAGAGACUUUGGGCGAAACCUGAGCGCUCGGGAGUGGGCUUUGUUCACGGGUCGAUACGAGACGGCCUGGGUGAUGACACGUCUGAUGGAGAGGUCCUGUCCACUGCAGUACAAAGACACGUACAGUCUGGAAUGGCCCCCUCUGGCGCCCCUAGUGGCCAAAGCCCUGGAGCCGCGCGGCUGUCUGAAGCGCAUCUCCGACACGGUGAGAAACGUGUUCAACAUCUCCAACGUCACCAACCCCGACGACGAGGGCGCGAUCGAUCACAUGGUGUCUGUGACCACGGCCAUGAGGAGCCCCUUCAUCGCCGUGGCCUGCCGCACAGUGUGUCCGGACAGCCCCCCCGCAGUGGGCAAGCGCCGCUACGCCGUACCCGAGAUCAUCCGUCAGCAGCGGGUCAAAGAACUCCUGACCAUAAACCCGGACCGCAAAGACGCGCACCUCAAACUCUUCGAAAACUCCCGCGUCACCCUGGUCGCCAAAAACUCCCCCGACCGCCGCGCCAGUCUCCAAGUCCAAGCCCUGACCCCGAGACCGCGCAGCUCCAGCCUGGUCACCUUCACCAACCCGCUCGACAUCAGGAGAACCAGUCUACUCCCUAUGCACAUGAUCCUGAGGCGGAGCAGCGUCAGACCCGGGUUCAGCAUCCCGAAAGUACGAGUUUCCAAGGCUCCUCCGACUACAUACGAGCCUGAAAAGAUCCGCAGGAAAAGCAGCGCUAAAGACGGAGGAGGACAUUUUUUGCAAAUACCAAAGUGGCGUUACAAAGAGUUGAAAGAGGAGAGGAAGAAAGCAGAGGAGGCAGAGCGACGUCGGCUGGAAGCUAUCACUAAAAGACAUCUCGCCUCUGGGAAAAGGAAUUGAUACGACGGCUUUAAAGACAUGAUAAAAAAAACACCAAAAUGCACAGUGUGAGUUUUAUUUUUUUACCCCAGAGAAAUAGCCGUGCGUUUUCGAAAUCAGUUUUUAUUGUUUGUUGAUGCUGUUACAUGCUCAGGGUGACAAUGGGAGAGCCAGCAGUGUUCCAGAGUGUAGGGAAAAUUGCGUGGCUUUUUUUUUUUUUUUGGGCUCCGCUUUGUAUCCUUGAGGUAAAAAGGAUGCGGUUUAAUAACUGUCAGCAGCAUUAGCAGAGCACAAUGGUUCCCCCCGGUGAUGUUUAAACCCAAGGGAUUCAUACUUGAAAUGUUUAGAUAACUUAUUUUUCAUAUUUAUUGCUUUUUAAUGGAGUGAAGAUGGCCAAGUCUUUUUUUAUGCUUCGGGUACUCCGUGUGGAAAUGUUGUUGUUUUUUUUUUGGAGAAUCAAACUGGAUCACAUUCAAAGCAAUAAUUUAAUAGUUAACUAGAAGCUACUAAUGUGUGCGAGUACAAUCCCAGCAUUUAAACUCGACUAAAACAGGGAGCUAUAUUUAUAACAGAACUUUGCUUUUUUUAUUGAACGCAGAAAUGUGAUUAGAGUUUUUAUUUUCCUAUAGAGAUCUAACACGAAAUGGAGUGAUUGCAGUGAAUUUUGUGACGCGAAAGGAACAGUUUUUUAGCCGUAAAACAAACAAAAACCAGCAUUUAGAGCUGUUCUGCUGUAACUGACUCUGCUUUGUCUGAAACUUUUACCAAAUGCAAAUAAACACUGGU